CUCUUUCUUGCGCAAGGGGCAUCUCACUCCCGAUUAAUUUUCUUACCUCUGUGUUCCUUUCGAGCUCUAGGGUUAGGGUUUGUCAUUUCGAUUCGCUGCUCUCUGUCUCUAUCGAAAAAAUCGAGCGAUGGAUCUCAAUAUCAACGCCCCUCACUCCAUGGGGACGACGAUCAUCGGAGUCACCUACGACGGCGGCGUCGUCCUGGGUGCCGAUUCGAGAACGAGCACAGGCAUGUACGUUGCAAACCGAGCCUCCGACAAAAUUACAGGGCUUACUGACAAUGUUUACGUUUGCCGAUCUGGAUCGGCUGCAGAUUCCCAAGUGGUCUCUGAUUAUGUUCGUUAUUUCCUCCAUCAACACACAAUUCAACUGGGACAGCCAGCAACUGUCAAAGUCGCAGCCAAUUUAAUUAGAUUGUUGUCAUACCAGAACAAGAACAUGCUGCAAACUGGUAUGAUUGUUGGAGGCUGGGAUAAAUAUGAAGGAGGUCAGAUAUACUCUGUACCUCUUGGAGGCACAAUAUUGAAGCAGCCAUUCACUAUUGGCGGUUCUGGAUCAAGUUAUCUGUAUGGCUUCUUUGAUCAAGCUUGGAAGGAGGGCCUGAGCAAAGACGAAGCUGAGAAAUUGGUGGUAAAAGCUGUCUCCCUGGCCAUUGCUCGUGAUGGGGCGAGUGGUGGAGUUGUUCGCACAGUCAUCAUAAAUAAAGAUGGUGUUACCAAAAACUUCUAUCCUGGAGAUGCCCUUCCGCUGUGGCAUGAAGAGCUGGAGUCGGUGAAUUCUCUACUUGACUUGCCUGAGAAAAUGGUCGAGUAGAGAAAAUUGGCUUGUACCUCGUAUUUGUUUCACAAGUUAAAAACUCGAGGUUUAUGGCCGAGAUGUCAGUUCUGGUAUCUGUACUGGAGAUGUUUCCUACUAUACUUGUUAUAAGCUAUAGUUGGUUUGAAUACAUGCAGCACUAGCUUUUCCUUUUCUUUGAAGCCAUGUGUUUGAUCUCUGUCUCAAUAUUUGCCCUUUCAUAAUGGAUUUUGUAUUCUCUUUCUUUGGA